AUGUAUCGGAAGUUGUCUAAGUUAGAACACUCGGAAAUAAAACAACUUCUUACAGAAGCUAAUAUAGAUGUUGCAAAGCAUUACGCAACAAACAAAAAAGCACUCGCUGACAUCCUCAAUGACUAUAAUGGUGCAAUAAGUUAUGAUAGAAUUCAUGAGUUCAUAAAGCCGCAACGCGGCGAGGACGAAGUCCAUGCAAGAGCAUUUCCUUUAAAUGACGUUGCUAUUGACUUAUAUCAUAGACGUUCAGUACCUCAUGAAGUAAGAAGAGAAAUGUUUGACAUAACAAAUGCAAACGUUGGUGAAACAAGAAGAAGAGACGACACACUGAAACAACAGAGAAGAGAGAUGUUUAAGAGCGCUAUAGAACAAGUUCGCAAAGCUAACGAUGUCAUUCGUUCCAUUGACGACAAACCAAAAGAAGGUGAGAGAUGGUUAAAGAAAGAUGAAGAGAAUAGGAAGAGAAAUGUGAAGUCAGGCAAUAGACUCAUUGACUUUAACAUCGAAGCUUUAGAUGAACCAAACAGAGACUA